AACAUUUUCAGAUAUCAUCGCUCUCUAACGAGGAUUGUUGGCUACUCUUUCAAGAGCGUGCAUUUAUGUGUGGAACACAAAAAACUACAAACUUUGUUGAUAUUGGAAAAGAAAUAGUUAAAAAAUGUAAGGGUGUUCCCUUAAUUGCCAAAACAUUGGGAAGUCAAUUAAGCUUCAACGAUGACGAAAAGGAAUGGUGCAGAAUAAGAGAUAGUGAGAUAUGGGAGAUAUCUCAAAGUGAAGAAGAAAUUGAUAUUUUGCGUAUUCUAAGGUUGAGUUACUAUGACCUUCCUUAUGAUUUGAGAAGAUGCUUUGUGUUUUGUGCUAUAUUUCCCAAGGAUACUAUAAUUGAAAAGGAAAGAUUAAUCCAAUUGUGGAUGGCCCAUGGUUUAAUUCUUACAGUUAAGAACAAAGAAGUGGAAGAUGUUGGGAAUAAAAUUUGGAAGCAAUUGUGUUGGAGAUCCUUUUUUCAAGACGAGAAAUCAAAUCGGUAUGGAAUUUAUGAAACAUGUAAGAUGCACGAUCUUAUGCACGAUCUUGCCCAAUCUGUUAUGAAAGAUGAAUGUUAUAAGUUGGAUGCUAAUAACUCAAGUGAUGGUUUAAAACGAGAAAUCCGUCAUCUAAUGGUAAUGGGUGAUAAAUUUGUCAAAAUAUCAGUUGAUUCUCUUAAGAAAAUUGGAGGGUUGCAAUCACUAAUGCUCCAGGACAGAUAUGAUGGUGGAAAGCAGAUUCCUUCAAGUGUAUUGAAGGAACUUUCGAUUUUACGUGUCCUUGAACUAAGCUAUUAUGGGUGGCAGAAAGGACCAUUCGAAAAGUAUGAAGAAUUGUGUUACCUGGGAUGUCUAAAACAUCUUAGAUACUUAGACAUUUCCGGUAAUAAUGAGAUAGCAACAUUACCUGAUAAUAUUUGUGAUCUCUUGAACUUACGGACUCUGAAACUCAAUGAGUGUUCUAAGCUUGAAAGUUUGCCCAAAAAUAUGAAAGACCUUAUUAAUCUGCGACAUCUUUAUUUGAAUUGUUGUGAUGGAUUAAAAUAUAUGCCUAGAGGGAUGGGGCAAUUGAAACAUCUGAAGAGGCUAAGCUUGUUUGUGAUAGGUAAAAAGGAGAGAGAUUCCCAACUAGAUGAAUUAAACAAAUUGGAUAUCUGCGGAUCUUUGAAAAUUACAAAGCUUGGAAGAGUUAGUGAUGCAUCUAUGGAAAGAGGGAUAAGUAUGGCUAAAAUGUCGAGUAUCAAUGAAUUGGAGUUGGAAUGGAGAUCUGAUGAUGAAGUUGAUGAGAGCAAGAGUACUAGAGAUAGAGAUGAGAAAAUUGGUGAAGCUCUAGAGGUUUCAACUGCAAGGCUGAAGAUAUUGAGAAUGAGGUAUUACAAAGGUGAAAAUUUCCCUAAAUGUGUGGGAAAAUCAUAUCCUUCUUUAACACGCCUUGAGCUUAGUAGCAGCGUUGAUAAUGAAAUGAUAGUACUAUUCCCUUUGUUAGAGGAACUGCAUAUUGAAAGAAUGAUGAAUUUGAGGGAAUUGGUGUCACCUAGCUGUUGGAGUACUGGAGCAUUCCCCAAUUUAUCCAAGCUGGAGAUACAGUAUUGCCCAAAGCUAGGGGCCUUGCCACCUCAUCUCAAAUCACUCAAAGAUGUAACUGUUAUUGGUGAAUGUUCGGAUGAAUUGUUAUAUAGCAUCUGGAAUCUUAAUGGUACUCUCACUCAUCUGAAACUGAAACUUAGUGGAUUGAAUAAUGAUGUGGAGCAUGGAAUAUUCAGCGUCAACAACAACAUGAAUGGAAUUGAAGUAGUGUUAUUCCCUUUGUUAGAGUAUUUGAACAUUUCUGAAAUGAUGAAUUUGAGGGAAUUGGUGUCUCCUACUAUUCCUAGUGCCGGAGCAUUCCCUAAUCUAUCCACCCUGGAGAUAUCUUAUUGCCCAAAGCUAGGGGCUUUGCCACCGCAUCUCAAAUCACUCAAAAAUGUAACUGUUAGUGGUGAAUGUUCGGAUGAGUUGUUAUAUAGCAUCUCAAAUCUCAGUGCUCUCACUCAUCUCGACCUAUGGUCAAUAACAGAAAGAAGUGUUUUAUUUGGAGCUGGUUAUAAGGCAUUAAUGUUUGAUGAUGAGAUACCAUCAACAUCAUCAUCGUCAAAUAAUAAUAGUGAAGCACAAUUAGGAGGAAGAGGAGGAAGAGUACGCUCAACUUUCCAAUCUCUUCAAUCUCUGCGUAUUUUCUACUGCAAGAAGUUAAGGCGUUUGUUUGAUGAGGGAAUGAUAUCAAAGAUUAGUGGCUGCCAGAACAAACACUUCAUCAACUCUCUCACGGAAUUGAGAAUCCAGUAUUGCCCGGAGUUGAUGAUAUCAGUUGAGGAAUUUGUUGGAAACCUCAAUAUUAAUAAUAAUUCACUACAGUAUUUGUAUAUCUGGGGCUGUCCUAAGUUGGUGUCUUCAGAAGAAGCGGACGAUGUUAUCGCACUCCUGCGUUCCCUUCGAACCAGACUUGGUCGUGAGAAGUUCUUUGUAGAUAUUCGAUUGAAAGAGGAAUAGAAGAAGAAGAGUCAAUUAGAAGUCAGUAGGCUAUUCCUCCAAUCAUAGUCGCUAUAUUUUGGUUCAUGUUGUUUCUGUGGAAGAUUAAAGCGACAUGGAUAUUCUCCAGCUGCUUACAUUAUUACUGUUACUGCAAUAGUUGGAAGCAUUAUCCUAUUUGAGGAUCAAGCUGAGUUUGAGAUGAGUGUACUUCUUACUGAUGGUUGGGUGGAUUGCUGUGACAUUUGUGUUUGUAGCGAGCGGUAAUUUGUUCACAACAGUCAGUAGGCUAUUUUUCAGCUCCUCCAAUCAUACAUUGCCUACAUUGCCUCUCUUGUCUUCCUUAUACUCAUUACUGUUACUGCAAUAGUUGGAAGCAUUAUCCUAUUUGAUGGUCAAGCGGAUAUCAUAUCGUAUAUUCUGCACAAAGCGGAUUAUGUAAUUGAAACACUACAGAGUGUCUUUAAUUAUCUUUUAUCGGCUAAGAAUAUUGGAAUUGGGCCAUUAACUCUACCCCCAGAUCUGCUAGGAACUAUUCAAUUUACGCAAAAUAAUAUCAAUGCUGUUGCAGACAACUUGCACAAAGUUACCGGGGCGAGUUCAGAAGACAUCUCCAAUUUGCUUACUCCGUUGAGGAUUCCUCUCAUACAUGUCACAGCCUUCAUGCUUGCUUUGGUGAUUUUCGGAUUUUUUCUAUCACUUGGUGGGAUGCAAUGCUUGGUAUACUUGUAAGUCAUGGACUAAUUAUUUUUGAUUAUUUUGAUGGUUUCAAAUGUAUUUUUCCUAUCAUAACUCUGCAGCUUACUGGUGGUUGGGUGGAUUGCUGUGACAUUUGUGUUUGUAGCGAGCGGUUUGUUUCUC